AUGGCUGACAAGGAUGAUCCAAGGGUGGAUUUACUUGAACACAGAGAUUUCCAAUUAGUCUCUAGUAGAAAAAGAAGGAACAAAAAGCUGAGCUCUGCAUCUACCACCAAGAUUAAAGCUGAUGAAUAUAGAGGUAGGCACAAUCCUAAUAAUAUCUCCAUGAGAGAAUUUUUUCAAUGGGAUGAUUCCAAUCAUCUUCACCAUUUGCCUACUAUUGGUAGCUUUUUUACUUGGAGUAAUGGUAGAAAAGGAAAUCAGUUAACUGAGAAGAGAUUAGACAGGGUUAUGUGCAACUUAGAUAUGAUUGAUACAUGCCCUAACAUUGUUUGUCAUACCUUAAAUAGAAUUAAGUCUGAUCAUUUUCCCCUCCUUUACACCUGUGAUUUUGAAAGGGAUAAGUUUAAAUCCCAAUUCAAGUUUCUUAAGAUGUGGAGCCUUAAUGAUGAUUAUGAGAAGCUAAUUGGGGAUGUUUGGAAAACCAAGGUGUAUGGUUGCCCUAUGUACAUUUUAGACAGAAAGCUUAGACUGUUAAAAGGUAAGUUAAAAGAUUGGAACAAGCAUAAGUUUAGGGAUGUGAAGGAGAGAGUUGUUAAGGCUGAAAAGGCUCUUAAUGACAUACAGAGGAAUAUAGGUUUGUCUGGUUAUAAUGACUGGUUGGAGGUUGAGGAAGCGAAAGCUCAACAUGAUUUGGAGAAGGCCCUGAUUCUGGAAGAAGCUUUUUGGAAAGAGAAGGAAAACAUAAAGUGGCACUUUGAGGGAGACAAAAAUACUAAAUUUUUUCAUACAUAUGCCAAGAUUAAAAAGAAAAACAACAUAAUUGCUUCUCUUAAUGUUAAUGACACAGUUACUACUGAUAGUAAGGUCAUUGAGUUAUAUCUUAUUAAUCAUUUUUCUGCCUUAUUUAACCAAAAUAUGCUGCUGCAGGAUUCAGGUCUCAUUCAAAGAGUCAUCCCUUGUUUAAUUAAUGACAAUACUAAUGCUAUGCUAACUUUAGAUCCUAGUGAAGAGGAGAUAUAUCAUGCUGUCAUGAAUCUUAACUCAGACUCUGCACCAGGUCCUGAUGGAUUUGGUCCCUUGUUUUUCCAAAAAUACUGGAGCAUCAUUAAGUGUGAUGUUAUUGGGGCUGUUAACCAUUUUUUCAUUCAAGAUUGGGUUAUGCCUCAUUAUAAUGCUAAUACCAUUGUUUUGAUUCCUAAAACUAAUGAGCCAAAUUCUAUAAAUAAUUAUAGGCCUAUUGCCCUUGCUAAUUGUAAGUUUAAAAUUAUUACCAAGAUCAUGGCUGACAGACUUGCUACUAUCCUUCCUUCUUUGAUAUCUAAAGAGAAAAAUGGUUUUGUUAUGGGUAGGAAUAUUAAGGAUAGCAUUUGCCUAACCUCUGAGGCCAUAAAUAUUCUUCAUAAUAAAAGUUAUAGUGGCAAUGUUGCACUGAAAAUUGAUAUUUCAAAAGCUUUUGACACUAUAAGCUGGAAAUUUCUCCUUAGCACUCUUGAAUGUUUUAGUUUCUGCAUCAAGUUUUGUAGUUGGAUUAGUACUAUCCUCCAUUCUGCUCAUUUGUCUAUUGGAUUCAACGGUAAACAAGCUGGAUAUUUUAAAUGUACCAAUGGUGUUAGACAAGGAGAUCCCUUGGGUGAUCACAAAUCUCUCAAUGCUAUUGACAUGUUACUUAAAGAAUAUGCUAGUUGUUCUGGGAAAUUUUGUAACAAUGCUAAAUCUUUAAUUUAUGCAGGGGGCAUGUCUUUAGUGAGACUUAAGAGUCUUGCUGAUCUAAUUGGGUUCUCCAUGGCCAACCCUCCUUUUGUGUAUCUGAGGGCUCCUAUUUUCGUAGGCAGACCUAAACCUAUUUACUUUCUCUAUGUUGCAGAUAAAAUAAAGCUCAGGCUGGCCAGUUGGAAAUCUAAGCUACUCACUAUGGCUGGAAGGUUGCAACUGGUGAAAUCAGUGAUACAAAGCACGGUGGUUCAUUUUAUUUCCAUAUACAAUUGGCCAGGAGCUCUUACAAAACAAUUAACAACUUGGAUAAGGAACUUUAUUUGGAGUGGCAGCCUUGAGAAGAAAAAAAUGGUGACUGUGGCUUGGAAGCAUUGUUGUAGGUUGAAGGAUGGAGGCCUAGGGCUUAAAUCUCUUGAGGUGUUGAAUUUAGCAGCCAAUCUUCAUCUUUGCUGGUGGUUGGAAGAGCCUCUUGUUUCUUUAUUCAAGAUCCCUGAGAUGUUUAGCAAGCAUUUCUCUGUUAAGGUUAAGGAUUGGAUUGUGGACAAAGUUUGGCACAUUCCUUUUAAUGUGCAUGCAGCCUACCCUAGUUUGAGGUUACUUGUAGAGAAAGUCACAAUUAAUGACAGCGAGGUAGAAGAUUCUUUAGCUUGGACUGAUGCUAUGAAUGGUGAGCUGACAUUGAAAAUGGCUUAUGAUUGUUGUAAAAAGCAGAAUCCCAAAAAUCUGGGCCUUUACCCUUGGGACAGAAAUGUUCCUCCUUCCAAUUCCAUGCUAAUUUGGAGGUUGGAUCAUGGUAAAAUGCCUACGGAUGAUAAUCUAGCUGCUAGAGGUUUUAAGAUUCCUUCCAUGUGCUCACUUUGCAGUGGUAAUGCUGAAACAUCUUCUCAACUUUUCUUCCACUGCAAGUUUGUUUAUAAUAUUUGGGCUUGGUUAAGACAAAAACUUCACUGCUCGGGCAACAUUACUUGUCUUAAAGACUGUGCUGAUAUGAUCAAAUCUUGGUGGUCUCCUCAAGCCAAAGAUGUGGCCUUGUCUUGCAUAUGUAGUGUUUUUUACUGUGUUUGGCAAGCCAGAAACAAGAAUAGGUUUGAAGAUAGGAAUACACAUUGGAGAACUUGUAUUGUCAACAUUAUCGCUAGAGCUAAAUUAGCAGGGACCAAUACUGCUAAGUGUUCAACUAAUAACAUGGACAGCUUUACCAUUCUUAAGAGUUUUGAUGUUUUCCUUCACCCUGGUAAACCUAUGCAUAUGCUUGAUGUCAUUUGGAGCCCUCCUCCCAAAGAUUGGAUUAAAGUGAAUGUCGACGGGCUAGCUAGAGGAAUGUCAUCGCUUAUGGCGUGUGGAGGUAUUUUCCGCAAUAUGGAGGCUGAACAUAUUGGGAGUUUUUGUGAUUUUUUCGGUGAAGGAGAUGCUGCUACGACUGAGCUUCUUGCAGCCACUAUUGCUAUUGAGAAAAUUAAAGAUUUGGGAUUUCAAAAGGUUUGGUUGGAAUCCGACUGUUUGUUGGUAGUUAAAGCUUUUUCUGAUACUAGCCUGGUUCCUUGGAAGAUUAGAUCUCGUUGGCUCGGUUGUUUGGAGUAUACUCGUUCUAUUGAGUUUAUGAUAUCUCAUGCAUAUAGAGAGGCCAAUUUUUGUGCGGAUCUCCUUGCGAACCUAGGAUUGUCUUUACGUAAUUAUCACUGGUUUUCCUUUUUGCAUUCGGUUUUAGUUCGGAAAUACCUCUUAGACAAGGAAGAUACCCAUAGACUUAGACUUUGCUCCUAA